AUGUUCGGAAGCGGCAAGAAGAACUACUUCGGCCUACGUGGCACGCGACUCCAAGUUGCUGUGGGCGUUCUGGCUGGUCUUGACUUCCUCUUAUUCGGAUAUGACCAAGGCGUGACUGGUGGUUUGCUGACGCUGGAGAGCUUCCGUUCGACAUUCCCACAGAUCGAUCAGUACGAGGAUGGCAUUUCUGCCGCUGAGAAGAGCGCCCGGUCCACAUACGAAGGCAUCACUGUGGCUAGCUACAAUCUAGGAUGUUUCAUUGGUGCUGCGGCAUGCAUCUUUGUCGGGAAUAUACUCGGUCGACGCAAGACCAUCUUCGUCGGGACGUGUAUCAUGAUUGUGGGAGCAAUUCUGCAAUGCACGUCCUACGAGCUCCCGCAGUUCAUUGUCGGAAGGAUCAUUACUGGUAUCGGCAACGGUCUCAACACCAGUACGGUGCCCACUUGGCAGAGCGAAUGCUCGCGAUCUCACCGCCGUGGUCAGCUGGUCAUGAUUGAAGGCGCUCUUAUCACGUGCGGAGUGAUGAUUGCUUACUGGAUUGACUUUGGCUUGUAUUUCACAGAUCCAAACCCAGUAGCAUGGAGAUUUCCGCUCGCUUUCCAGAUCUUCUUCUGCAUUCCCAUCGUCUUACUCGUACUGCAGCUGCCAGAAUCACCACGCUGGCUCAUUCUCAAAGGGCAUGAAGACGUUGCAGUCAAUGUUCUUGCUGCGCUCAAUGCCAAAGAGCCUGACAGUACAUACGUACAGAACGAGUUCUUUGCCAUUAAGGACACCGUGCUCGAGGCUUCGAAGGGCUCUUUCAAGGAUCUCUUCACAAUGGACGAGUACCGCCACUUCCAUCGUACCGUACUGGCAUAUGUGAAUCAGAUGUUUCAGCAGAUCAGUGGCAUCAAUCUCAUCACUUACUACAUUCCGACCGUCCUGCAGAACGAAGUCGGCCUAUCCGCGUUCAACGCCAAGCUGAUCGCCGCCUGCAACGGCACCGAAUACUUCAUGGCGUCCUGGAUAGCAGUAUUCACCAUCGAGAAGGUGGGCCGGCGCAAGCUCAUGAUCUUCGGCGCUGCCGGCAUGAGUAUCUGCAUGAUCGUGCUCGCAAUCACAGGUUCAAUCGGCACCUCCAAGUCCGGCAUUGCAGAGACGGUCUUCCUGUUCUUGUUCAAUACCUGCUUCGCGAUCGGAUGGCUCGGGAUGACUUGGCUCUACCCUGCGGAGAUCGUCCCGCUGAAGAUUCGUGCUCCAGCGAACGCGGUCAGCACGACUGCGAACUGGAUUUGGAACUUCAUGGUCGUAAUGAUCACCCCCGUCGCCUUCUCCACCAUCGGCUACAAAACCUACAUCAUCUUUGCCGUCAUCAACGGCGCCCUCAUCCUGCCUGUCACCUACUUCUUCUAUCCUGAGACAGCAUAUCGGUCGCUCGAAGAAAUGGAUACGAUCUUCACGAAGACCAAGAGUGUCUUCAGCGUGGUCAAAAUCGCCAAGGAAGAGCCAUAUCGUUAUGACAAGAACGGCGACGUGCUGAUCGACUACACGGACACAGCGGAGCACGGGCGGAGGAAGAGUAGUGCGACAUAUGCGGAUGUGCCGAGGAGAAUGAGUCGGGCUAGUGAGAAAGAAGGAACUGAUCAUCGUGUGUGA